UAACAAUGUCCGAUAUAGGUAUAAACCAAAUUAUAGACGACAGCAAAAUGUAAUAGUGAAAAAAGUUGGUGCAGAACCUAGUUAGGGAAUAUCUGCACACACUGAACAAUCGCCAGCGAUAAAAGAGCCACAUAAAAUAAAAUAGAGAACAAUUUCUAAAAACUGUAUACUGACUGAAACAUAAAAUAUUACCAGCAGUCUCUAAAAAAUACAUCGAAAAAGCACAACUUAGCACUGAAACAUAUACUGUCUACGUUCAACUUUUGAAAGCAAAACACAAACCAUACCGAACCGACAAUGAGAUUACGUUAUUGGGUUCUAACUCUAGCUGAUCUGAUGGUCAUUGCACACAUAAUUUACCUGUCACUACUUGUAGCCUAUCAUCACGAAAAAGACCCACAAAAAAAUCCAUUUUUAUGGAUGUUUAGCGAAAGGGUGCAAGCCGCUUUUUACAUUACAACAAACGUGAUACCUAUCGUGCUCAGUUCAGUUCUGUACAUUGGAAUCUUUUGGCUUUCCACUAGAUUAUUGUUCCUGUGGUUGCUUGUAAUGGUCUUACUGUGGCAUAUUCCGGCUAUACUAGUUUUUCACAUCUUAUGUCUUGAUCGUGGGGUCGAAGCAAAUAUCAGAAAGCUGCGAAUUCUGUCACCAUGUCUGUGGUUAUGCAUCUGGAUGUUACUAAUGAUCAACGUUUUCACAUUCUAUUCCGAAUUAAAGAAAUUCAAAAAACAUCCCCAAUUCUUGCGAACGAAUGUGGUUUUGGUGAAAAAAAUGACUCAAUUAAAAGCCAAUCAGCCGGGGAAGUUAUUAGUUUCAGUUGAUAGUGAUGUGCAAUAAACGCAAGCUCAGCGUUCAAAUUAUUUUUGGGAAAUUUAAUUAAAAUUCGUCAUUUCAAAAUUAUUAUUUGCCGUUAAUAACAAUGUAACGGGUCAGUAUUUAACAAUACAAUUUUAAUCAGCUAGCGUUUGCACACAUACAACCGAAAACCAAUUGUUGUAUACAACAAUUGGUUUUCUGUACAUACUUUCGAUACGAACUUAAUUUUGCGAAAUACGUUUGCAUUGAAAAUUAAAUUGAAAAACAUUUAUAAUUUCGUAUUUCGUUCAUUGUAACAACGCACAUCAAAUUGAUUUAUUAUCUGUCGCAUGUCGCAUUAAAAUUUCCACCACUUGAGUCGACUGAGAGCUUUUUGUCACAUAUUGUAAUUUGGGACUACAGAUCUGUUAAAAUUGAAUUGUUUGCUAAUUAUAAGGCUCUCUAACAUGGACGGC